AUGCCUUCCGGAGCUCCAGUCGCACUCAUCCUCGGCGCGGGCGCCAACGUCGGGCAGCACGUCAGCCGCGCCUUUGCAUCGAAGGGCUACAGAGUCGCAAUCGCGGCCAGGAGCCUGAGGGAAGAGGACAGUACGCCCGACCAGCUGCAGAUCCGGGCUGACUUCACGGACCCCGAGUCCCUUGCCGCGCUCUUCGACAAGGUCGGGUCGGAGAUUGGGGCGCCGCAUGUUGUUGUUUAUAAUGCGGCAAGCGUAAAACCCCACGACGAGAAAGACCCGCUGGGCGUCGCGUUGCACGACUUCACCCGCGACCUCGCCGUCAACACGACCAGUCUGUUCGCCGCGGCGCAGCAGGCGGCACGCGCGUUCAAGGCGCUUCCGAAAUCCGCGUCGCGGACUUUCAUCUAUACCGGCAACUGCUGCAACGAGGUGCCGUUCGUCGGAUUGAUGGAUCUGGGCGUGGGCAAGUCUGCUAGUGCGCAUGUUAUCCAGUGUGCCGCUAUUGCUUAUAGGGAGGAUGGGUUCAAGUUCUACUAUGCCGAUGAGAGGAACGCGGAUGGCUCGCCUGCGUUUAUGGCUAUUGACGGACCGGCACAUGGAGAGUUCUACACUGAGCUCGCUGAGGGGACUGCGCAGGGGCCUUGGCAGCAGACUUUUGUCAAGGGUGUGGGUUAUAAGAAGUUCUGA